CUAUUCCUCUUCUUCACCACCAGUACUCCUCCUCCAAAGCUCCCACCAGGCAAAACAGGAUGGCCUGUUAUAGGAGAAACCCUAGAUCUCCUCUUGAUAUGCCGAAAGGGUUACCCCGAAAAAUUUCUACACGACAGAAUGGAACGACACUGCCCGGACAUAUUCAGAACCUCUCUGCUUGGUGACAGUAAAAAGACCUUCUUUUGUGGUCCAACCGCGCACAAGUUCUUGUUCGCCAACGAGAAUAAGCUAGUCGGGGCUUGGUGGCCAAAGUCUUUCAACAAAAUAUUCUUGUCGGAGGGUGCUUCUGCUCUGAACUCUCUUGCUACCUCAACGGUCUGCAUCCGUGCAAGUCGAGGAAUCAAAGAGAGUCCGGAACUUGAUUUCCGGGUUUUUGAAGCUGGACGCGAUUCAGAAGUAGAUACCGGUUAUGGAUACUGCGGCGAAGCACCAUAUAGAGAAUGAAUGGGCUCCAAAGGGGGAUAAUGUGGUGGUUAUUGAUAUGGCUAAGAAGUUUACUUUUGAGUUGGCUUGUCAACUUCUAUUGAAUGUUACAGACUCUAAGCAGGUGGCGAAAUUUGACAAUCGAUUUGGCAACGUGAUAGCUGGGAUGAUGUCUGUGCCAAUAGAUUUUCCAGGCACAAGUUUUAACAGAGCCAUUAAGGACGCGAAUCUGAUCCGCAAGGAGCUAUUGACGCUGAUAAAAGAGAGGAAAAUGGCUGUACAACAAAAAAACGACGACUCGAUCAUCAUUCGAGACCUGCUGUCACACUUGCUCGUCACACCAGAUGAGGAUGGCAAGCUCAUGAAUGAUGUGGAAAUUGCUGACAAGAUCGUAGGCCAACUCAUUGCCGGCUAUGAUACUGCGUCUACUACCAUUACUUUCAUCCUCGAGUAUCUUGCUGAGUAUCCCUAUUUCUACAAUGAAAUCUUCAAAGAACAAAUGGAGAUAGCAAAAUCAAAAGAACCAGGACAAUCGCUAAAUUGGAUGGACAUCCAAAAAAUGAGGUACACUUGGCAUGUAGCAUGUGAAGCAAUGAGGCUAGCACCACCUGCUCCACUAGCUUUCAAGGAGGCUCUAACCGACGUCACUUUUGCGGGUUUUACUAUCCCAAAAGGAUGGAAGACAUGUUAG